AUGCCGCGGGUGGUUAACGAGAUCGGGGACGCGAAAGUAUUUCCAAUAAUACAUAAUAAUGAAGCCGAUAAACGUUCUUUAUUGAAGCCGGCGAAAGGUCAAAGUUCAAACCAGAAGCUGUACAAUUCGGACCUCCAGUCCUGGGAGGUAAUAGAGGAACAUGAGGAUAAUAUCCUCAUUGAGUUGAAGGAUUGGUGCCGGCUGCGUAGUAACCGGCUGUCGCCCUUGCCGCCUUUAGGUUUCGUAGUUCCGCGGCCCGCCGUGAGAACCAGCCCGCUCGUGAAGCGACCCAUCCCGGUUUGGACGAUAUCGCACCAAUCGGCCGAUAUCGCGCGUCGCGCUUAUGAUCCGUCGCCCGGUCCCCUGCGC